UUAAAACGUAAACAAUAUAUAUAAAAGAAAACUUGUACUUUAAUAUUCAAUCACUCUCGUUGUAUUCAUAAUGGUUACCUGGGCUUUACUCCUCUUAACGGCGACAGUGGCGUCGGCGGCGGUGGUGCCCCCCUCCCGGAUCGUGGGGGGGCAGGAGACACGGAUCGAGCUGUACCCCUCCAUUGUGCAGCUGGACUUCCUGCUGCCCUCUAUCGGCUGGCUGCAGAACUGCGCCGGGACUAUCAUCACGCCGACUGUUGUUGUCAGCGCCGCUCACUGCACUGACAACGUAGCCGUCAACACGCGUCGCAUCCGUUAUGGCUCCACAACCCGGGGCUCCGGAGGCACGCUGGUCAGCUUACGGUCCUAUCGCAACCACCCGGAGUACAGGCGCCGGGCCUACUACGACGCGGACAUCUGCCUGCUGUACCUAGCUCAGGCUCUGGUGUUCGGAGCUACCGCCCAGCAGGCGCCCAUCAACGCGCAGGGGUCGCAGCUGCCGGAUGGUUCAGCUGUGGUGCACGCCGGCUGGGGUGAUGUUCAGAGCGGCGGCCCGGCCUCCCCCGUCCUGCGCGACGUGACAAUCUACACAGUGAACAACGCGGAGUGCGCACGGCGCUACCUAUCCGGCAUCACCGACACCAUGAUCUGUGCUGGUAUCCUGGACGUGGGGGGCAAGGACGCCUGCCAGGGGGACUCGGGGGGCCCGCUGUACUCCAACAACAUCCUCGUGGGGGUGGUCUCGUGGGGCAACGGCUGCGCCAGCCCCUACUACCCGGGCGUCAGCACGCGAGUCUCCGCGUAUUCUGAUUGGAUAGUGAAUAAUGCGCAAUGAGCGAUUGGAAAUAUUCCUAUAAAAGUUUUUUAAAAUUA